AUGGACAGGGACAUAUUUGACCAUCCAAUGACAGCCGAAUCAUUGCAACAAAUUUUAGCUUUUUUCAAGAAAAACGGUUUAACGGAAUCUGAAGAAGCCUUGUCGAGAGAAGCUGCAGCCGUUUUGCGGCUUUCGAAAGAUGGUGUCGAUAGUGACACUAACAAUGAUGCUAUUAUGCGCGAAUUCUCGACGCUUUUGAGUCAUGUUGAUUCUUCCUUUGAUAAUUCCUGCGCAGAACUAUCUGCUUUAAUAUUCCCGGUAUUUGCGCACUUAUAUAUACAGCUUAUUGCUGAAGGACGUAGUUUACAAGCAGCUUUAUUCAGCGAAAAAUUUUCUCGAUAUGUACCUUCAAUGUAUGAGGAGCAGACAAAAUUGCUUACUCGCAUUUCUACUCAUAGUCAGGCUGCUAAUCAUGCACUCGUUCAGGCUUUAACAAAAAACCAGUUUGUUGUUCGCAUAUCAAAAUCGGCAAUCAAACAACUGGAACCUUUCUUAACCCGGAAUAGUAUUGUUCGCGAUGUGAUGCGAGAUCAUUUGCAUAUUGAAGCAAUUGAUGGCUCGCGGACAAAAUCAGCUACGGAAGCAGUCCUGGGAGGUAUUCUUGGUCAAGUCAGCAAGCAAGAAAGGCGGCAUAAAAUGUUUUAUGGAACGAUUAAAGAAGAUUUUUCAACUCAGCUGGGCCUCGAGAAGAAACGGCCAAAAAUUAAAGAAAGAAAUGACGGCAAAAAAAAGGAUGCAAAUGGACCCUCACCUGAUCGAAUACCUCUGCCAGCAGCCAAUGAAAAGAGGUAUAUGAAAGAAUCGGGUAAGAAAAUGCGCAUUUCCGUUGACACACCACCAUCCAUAUGUCUUUACACGGUGCUUAAUUCUCCUGGUGGUCUUACAGCAUCUGAUAUUGCUGAAGAUAGUGGAGCUUUGGCAUUGGGUUUUGGAAAUUCUAGGAUCCAGGUUCAUACGUUAAAUGAGGAAAAAUUUCGGCCGUACAAAAAAAUCGAUCAGUUGGAGCUAAUAGAGCAAGAAUCUGAAGAUGCACUGGAGCAGGUUUACGAUGACGCGGAAGCGUCAACAUCACUUACCUUUCAAGGUCAUAACGGACCAGUUUAUUCGUUAUCAUUUUCUCCCGAUAAACGCUUGUUACUUUCAUCGUCACGUGAUGGAACAGUUCGUUUGUGGAGUCUCGCCGUUCGUAGUAAUGUUGUGGUGUACAAGCAUGCUGCACCAAUUUGGGAGGUGCAGUUCAGCCCACGUUCUUAUUAUUUCGCAACCGGUAGUGCCGAUGGUGCUGCGAUGCUAUGGACAACCGAUCGUUUGCAACCGUUGCGCAUUUUCUCAGAUGCAUUGUCAGAUGUCACCUGCAUUGACUUCCAUCCAAAUUGCAAUUAUUUCGCAGGUGGUAGUGAUGAUCGUUACGUACGUGUUUGGGAUGUGUUGUCUGGGACAUGUGUACGAUACUUUGCGGGUCACAAAGGAUCGAUUCGAGGAUUAAAAAUUUCGCCCUGUGGUCGGUAUUUGGCAUCACUGGGAAGCGAAGGAUCGCUUGUUCUUUGGGAUAUGGCAUUGCAAAAAAUGGUUUGCAUGCAGGACGUCUCUGCACUUCCAUACCAGGUCCCAAUAGAGUUCUCACGUGAUGGAGCAGCCCUAGCCGUUGCGCGAGCCGAUUCAGCGCUUUCAUUUUAUUCCGUGGAUACGGUUACAGCACAUUCCGGUUCACAGGACCAUUUAAAUAAUGAUCCAAAGAUAAAUCCCAGCGGCUUUCAUCUUUACUCAUAUGCUACCAAAAAUACACCAAUUAUCGACUUGCAUUUCACACGACGCAAUUUGGUUCUGGCUGUGGGCGCUUAUGGGCAGUAAAUUACAGGAGCACUGCUGAGAAUCUAGUAAGCACUCGUAGGUUUAACUGCAGAAACAUUUUUGUUUGUAUGUUUCAACAGUUAAUUCUUUAUGAAAGUGAAGUCGCCAAGAAUUUAGCAAGAAAAAAAAUUUCCAAUGAUUCAUAAUGUGACUACAGACAAACAUCUGGUUACUGUGUUGUCUUAAUAGCCGCUUUAGGUUAUUGUAAAGGAACAUCAUACCUUGAGCCGAGGUUCUAGUCCGUAAUCUGGAAACAUUAAAAAUUUGGAUUUAUGAGGGAGUUGCAGUAGUAAUUAAAAGGCCACAAUAGGAAUUUGAGUAUACUAUGUUAUGUAAAAGUAAACUUAUGUGGUAACCAUAACUUAUUGGAUUAUGCGAAAAUAACUGCAAUAGCAAACCUGCAUCCCAACGAAUAAAAAAAAAAUAUUUACAAUAUAGUUGUUCUUUUCUUGCGCAAAAUUUAUAUAUCCAAAACUGCAUAGCUGUGUAUAGAUUUCGUACAAAAAUUCAUAUUAUGAUAUGGAAUUUCGCUGUUACAACGU